AUGGAGAGCCUCCCAGCACUCUUUUCAUUUGCGGCGAGCCACUGGCUGGCAUGCCUCAUUGGGGUAGUCCUCAUACCCAUUGCCUAUGCGAGACUCACAAGCCCCUUGUCGCAUCUUCCAGGACCCGAAAUCUCGAAAUGGACCAGUGCGGUGUAUACAUACUAUUAUUUGAAGGGAAAGAUCCCCAACUAUGUCCAUGCACUCCAUGGAAAAUAUGGUCCCAUUGUACGCAUCACUCCAGACCAUGUCGAUAUCUGCGACACGGAUGCCGUGAAGGAGAUCCAUAAGACCAACAGUCGCUUCCUCAAGACCGACUUCUACCGCAAGCUUGUGGCAGGGGCGGCGCACAACGUCUUUAGCACGGUGGAUCCAAAGUUUCAUGCGGAUCAUCGGCGUCUGCUGGCAUCCCCGAUCUCAGACUCGUCAAUCAGUCGUCUUGAACCUGUGAUAGCCGAUCGAAUUCGUCUGACGAUCAGAAGAAUGGUCGAGGAGAUGGACUCUCGGGGAGUGGCAGAUGUAUUCAAGUGGUGGCUCUUCAUGGCCACCGAUAUCAUCGGGCAGCUCAGUUUUGGAGAGUCGUUUGGAAUGCUCGAAUCGGGAAAGAAAAACCAAUAUAGUCUCGACAUGGAGAACCUGUCAUCCGUUGGAGCCAUCCGAGUGACAUUCCCUUUCCUGGUCAAGCUUGGAAGCUAUCUCCCACUGCCAAUUUUCAAAAAAUCGGCGGCGUCCGGCAAGCGACUGGGAAUGUAUGCAGCGAAGUAUGUUCGACAGUAUCAGGAUUCACUGACUCAGAACCCGUCGGGUGCGAAACCCACGCUCUUCACCAAGCUGUUCGACACAGAGAAGAGUGGAAUGUUGUUCGACGACAUCCGGCAAGAGGCACAGGCCUACAUUGUUGCAGGAAGUGAUACCACCGCCGUCACCUUGACAUAUCUUAUUUACGAAGUUUGCCGGAACCGGCAUGUGCAAGAGAAGCUUGUAGCUGAAGUGGCCAGUGUGCCGGAGCCAGUCAGCGAUAAGAGCCUUCGCGAUCUGCCCUAUUUGAGCCAGGUGAUCAGCGAGACGUUGCGGUUGUACUCCGCUGUCCCCACCGGACUGCCCCGACUCGUCCCAGAAGGAGGCGCCACCUUCAAUGGGUUCUUCGUGCCUGGCGGCAUCACGGCCGCGACCCAGUCGUACAGUCUUCAUCGGGACCCCAACAUCUUCCCGGACCCUGAAAGCUUCUACCCCGAGAGGUGGGAAUCUCCUACCCGGGAGAUGAAAGAUGCAUCACUGCCCUUUGGUGGUGGCUCUCGAAUUUGUCUGGGCAUUCAUCUUGCUCGCAUGGAGCUGCGUCUCGCCACUGCUCUCUUCUACCGAACGAUGCCUGAUGCUCGAUUGUCGACGAAAGAGGGUAUGUCUACGAGUGACAUGGAGAUGUCGGCCACGUUCCUCAUGGCUCCCCAGGGUCACCGCUGUCUGAUUGAGGUGUGA